CCUAGUUAUCCCAGUCAGUUCAGAGAAACAAGACCCAGAUCAUUUAUUCUCUUCCACUUUAGAUUGAGCAAGAUAGACCCCUAGCCAAGACAAAAACUUGCUCACCGUGGCGUGUUAUCACCCCAGCUCACAUCUACUCGCAAAGAUUUAAAGAUUGAAUGCCCACCUCUGUGUACCUAGAUUGUAGGAUCACCUCCCAAAAACUAUGGCUCAAUCGAAGAGAGUGGCUCUACCAGCCCUCCUAACACUAUGUGCCAUUGGCGUCCAAGCCGAUGGCAUAGGCCUCAUUGGCUGGGGGAAGACAAUGUAUAACCCAACAUGCUCCUUCGCCUGUCGACAAGUUAUCCGAAAACAACAACUCUCCUGUACUCCUACCGAGUCGACGGAGAACCAUGGGACAGCGCAUAAUCCCGUCACGACACCGCCCGAUUGUUUUGUGGAAGACCAUAUCUUUCUUAAGACUAUGGCUCUUUGCAUAGACACAUACUGUCCGCUCGCAGGAAAUCCUUCUAUGAGUCUGAUCGAAGACUAUUGGGCAUCGCAUCUUGGAACAGGAACUAUUGGAAAGUAUGACUAUGUUCCGGUCAUGUCGUAUGAAGAUGCUUUGAGUGCGGCCAGGGAAGACGAAUCGAUGGCUUCCCAUAGCGCAAAUUCGACGUCUGGUCAUAAGAGCGGUAGCCAUCAUAAGAAGAGAACUGUUCUUUUCCCGCGCCAUGGUGGCCACGAUACAUCUUCUCACGAAGGCCUAGUAACCUUCAAUGUGUCAAGUCCUUUGCCCGUCACCGCUGGCGGAACAGAGCCCCUCAACGAGACCAGCUUCAUCGGCCCUGAGGACUGGCAACUCCAGUAUAACUAUCUCUAUGACUUUGAGACCAACGAGGCUGGCCAUACAACGAUGACUAUCACCAUCACUCUAGUGGCCAUCUGCCUCCCAGUUGUCCUCUCACUAUUGAGAUUCAUACCCGGCCUGACUAAGAGCCGAGGAUGGGCUUACUGGCAAUCAUUUCUGGUUGUCCCAGCGGCGUUUGGUAAGCGACAUCGUGAGCCAACUAUCGCUGGCAAUGUUCCCAACAGUGGACAGGCACUCUACAUCGCCUUAAUCAGCAUUCUCAACAUCCUACUCUGGCUCGGACCAUAUACAGUCCAUCAACCUCAGGCUAGCUUUGCCUCCCUCAAGAUGCAGACGAUCAGCGUCGUGGGCAACAGGGCAGGUGACAUGGCAAUGGGCAACGUUGUGGCUUUGUUCCUCUUUUCAGCUCGCAACAAUAUACUUCUCUAUGUCACGGACUGGAGCCAUAGUACAUAUCUCCUGCUGCAUAGAUGGCUUGGAUACUGGGCUAUCUUCCAUACGAUCGUUCACUCUGCCAUGCUUCUUGCCAACUAUGUCAUCCAAGGCACAUACAAAGAAGAGCUGGUACGUGAGUACUGGAUUUGGGGUAUUGUAGGAACAGUGGCAGUGUGUGCGAUAUUGCCCUGCUCCCUACAGCCAGUCAGGCAGAAGAUGUACGAGUUCUUUCUCGGAUCGCACAUAAUCUUAGCUCUUCUCUUCAUUAUUGGAUACUACUACCAUAUCUGGUAUCUUUAUGGGUACAAUUGGGGCUACGAGAUCUUUGCAUUCGUGGCUGGAGGUAUUUGGGGUCUCGAACAUGUCGUUCGACUAGUUCGCAUGGCAAGGCAAGGUAAUCGAAAGGCAACCAUCUCGACCAUUUCAGAUGUUGACGGAGAGUACAUCCGAAUCGAGAUUGAUGGAAAGCCUCUGGAGGGUGGUGUUGCGUAUCUUGCUUUCCCUACCCUUUCGUGGCGUUUCUGGGAGACUCACCCCUUUUCUGUCGCAUAUUCUGGCUCAUUGACUAGUGAGAACAGCCGUCAGCCAUCGACAACUGGUGCCAAAGAAGAGAGUGUGACAGUCUCACCUAGCUCUGAGACAGAUGCUGAAAAGGCUGGUAAUAUCAACCAGAACACUUCAGUUGUUAGCGCAACUGAGGGGAGAUCUACUGUCUUCUAUGCUCGGGUCCGAACGGGCAUGACCAAGAAACUCGCAUCACGAGUAUCUGGCCAGCAUUCUGAAGCACUUCAACUUCGGGUGAUCGUCGAAGGACCUUACCAUCAUUCCGGCCAUAUUUCACCUCAACUCUCACACUGCAAAGACAUUUUGUGUAUUGCCGGAGGUGUUGGCAUCACAGCCUGUCUCCCAUAUCUUCGGCAAGGCGCUUCAGGCAAUACAAAACUCUUCUGGUCAAGCCGCAAGAAAGGUCUUAUCACAGCCCUAACACCGGCUCUUGCUGAUCUGCCAAGGAGUGUACAGGUCGAAACCGUUGUGGGGGAGCGUUUGGGUCUUAGGGGCAUCUUGACCCAAGAACUGAUUGUAGCACCAGAUGAUGGUGCGCUGGCGAUUGUCAUGUGUGGGCCUCCCGGCAUGGCUGAUGAGGUGCGUAGAGACAUUGUUGAGAUUGUGAGGAGCAGCGCCUUAUGCCGCGCCUAUGUGCUCCUAGAUGAAGCGUUUUCUUGGUAGUUUUGGUGGUGGUAUGUCACUCAAUUAAACAAUCAAGAUGACGAUCUGCUCACUUCACGCGAGUUCUACACUACAUUACCUAAAUGAUCUUGAAUUAGAAUUGUUCAUCACUAUAAGACUAGAUGUCUUAUGUAAAUCGAUCUUCAUUUCAUCAUUUACCAUUUUGCUAACAUUAGGUCCAAGCUGGCGGGACUCAACUAGCCGUUACGAGAAACGCGGACCGAGCGGAUAUAUCUACUUGAACUCUAUUCAGAGACGUUCUCGUUUCAAGAUGAACUUCUAGAUCAAGCUAGAUUAUUUUGUGUCGCAUUGACCUGUUUUGACGUAAACGUCAAUUUCGGCAUCGAUAGUUACAAACCUUGAGUUGCACGUAGCAUGUUCUAUAAAAGUUCCUGAGACCAUCACCGUAAGCUAUCGAUGGGUGAAUCUCCCAUGUGGGAUAUUCUCGUAAUCAGC